AUGGCGUCGGAGAAGUGCGCAGUCAAAAUGGAGGGCGCCACGUGUGAGCUGAGGUCUCGUGUGAUUCGAAAGCAGAAAUCCUCGCAAUUCAUCAUGCCUCGUGGUCACAAGAGCAAACGCCGCGAUAAACGUUCACAGGGGAGAGGUGACAGACAGGGUAGUGAGGUGGCACAGGAAGCAGUAGCACCCACAGCAGAAGCAGCAGCAGCAGAAGUAGAAGCCGCAGCUGCAGCAGCAGCAGAAACAGCAACACGAGUUCCAGCAACAAAAGCAGAAGCAGCAGGAGCAGAAGCAGCUGUAUCUGCAGCAGCUAUGGGAGGAGAAGAACAAGAAGAGGAAAAGGAGUCUUCUUUUUCCAAGAGCCCAUGGAGUGCUGCUUCCUUUAGCCCUCCCCUGACAACUGGUAGGAGAUCACCAUCUGCUGGUGGUCACUCUACAGAUGGCUCUGUUGUCAGUUCUCGCCAUGGUUCCAGUUGUAAGUAUGAGGAGUGCCUUUGUGAGGCCACUCACUGCCCUGACUGUUUGUCUGAUGAACCUCGGUUAGAGAUGCUGUCGUCGGUCCACAGAAAGUACAGAGAUGAAUUUCCUCGCAUUUUCAAGAGUGUCCAAAAACAGCUGGAGGCGGUCUUCGCAGUUGAAGUGAGAGAAGUGGAGUCCACCCGUCACUCCUACAACCUUUUCAGCAUGCUGAGCCUCCCCAACAAUGGGAGGAUUCGUCCUGGCAGGCGCUGCCCCAAGACCAGGCUGCUGAUGCAAACCCUUGCUCUGAUCCUCAUGAAAGGCCACCGCACUUCUGAGGUAGACAUCUGGAAAUUCCUGAAUAGGUUGCACGUGUAUCCCGGCAAGAAGCACAUCUUUUUUGGAAAUGCCAAUAGGCUUCUCACCCACGAUUUUGUGAGACUGAAAUACCUGGAGUACCGGCAGGUGCCCGGCUGUCUUCUUCCACGCCGCGAGUUCCUGUGGGGCCCCCAAGCGCACGCUGAGAUCAGCAAGGAGAAAAUCAUGCAGUUUUUAAUCAAGAUCAAUAGGCUCUGUCCUUCCUACUUCUCAUAUCUUAAUGAAGAUCUUGAAAGAGAGGACAUAGAACAAUUCCAAGCCUCGCUUUCUGCCAAGCGCGUCUCUACUGGCAAACCAAGGGUAUUUGCCCCAGCCAUGCAUCCUGUUGCUCCUGCCAAGUCCAUAAAUGUUUGA